AUGCCGCACAACGACGCCCUAGUAGUCACCCUCCGCGUCAGAGACUUCGAUGUCAAGUGCAUCUUGAUUGACCAAGGAAGCUCGAUUGAGAUUAUGUACUAUGACGCGUUCAAGCAACUCAAACUCCGGGAUACAGACUUGGCUCCGUCAACUUCGCCACUAGUUGGUUUCAACUCACAACCGGAGUGGCCUCUGGGAAAGAUAAUCUUACCAGUUAAAGCCGGAUCCGUGGUCAAGCAGGUGGAGUUCUGGGUAUUGAAGGUGUUGUCCACAUAUAACCUGAUCUUAGGUAGGAGAUGGCUUCAUGCUAUAAAGGCAGUAGCGUUAACCUACCACCAAGUUAUGAGGUUCCCCUCGGCUAUGGAGGAAGUUGAGGAAAUUUGGGGCGAUCAAGUCAUGUCGAAGCAAUGUUUCGUGGCAGUGAAUGGGAGUCGAGCUACCAAAGGCUUCGUGCAAAUGAUUGAAGGUCCGGAAGACCAGAGUGUCCUUGAUUAUGUGGGUGCCAAGGCCAAGGACCAGGCUGUUGAAGAGUUGAUGGAAGUGCGGAUCGACGCCAAAAGUCCAAACAAGUUCUUUUUGCUAAGGUCAAGCCUGACCGCCCAAGAAAGGACCGAGAUGGUAGAGUUCUUGAUGGUGAAUAUUGAAGUCUUUGCAUGGACGUCGUACGACAUGCCUGGCGUUGAUCCAAGCUUUAUUUGCCACCAACUCAAUGUUUUCCCGGAUGCACGCCCUGUCAUUCAAAGAACGAGGAGAUCGGCUCUUCAUCACGCCAAGGUAAUCACGAAGGAAGUGAGGAACCUGCUAGAAGCAAGGGUUAUCCAGGAAGUGCACUACCCUUGGUGGGUUUCAAACACAGUCGUAGUGCCCAAGAAAAAUGAGAAGUGGCGAGUUUGCGUUGAUUACAAGACUGUCAACUGA